UUCAAGCUGCUCAUCUAGCUAAUCGGUAUGGAGAUGAUGAAGAUUUUAGUAUAGAAAUUCGCAAAAUUCCCGCGCUUGCUUUUCUGCCCCCAGAUGAAAUUCCUAAUGCCUUUAAUGAGUUAAAAGGCAAUAUUGAUAUUCCAGAGGAAGCAAAUUCAAUUAUUGAAUGGUUUGAGGAAAACUAUAUUCGUCGCAAAGUAAGACGAGUAUCCAGAAAUGGGCAUGUGACUUGGAGAACCCCAUUAUUUCCACCUUCUCUCUGGUCAGUUUAUGAAAAUAAUGAAUACGAUUUUCCUAGAACUAACAAUUCUGUUGAGGCCUGGCAUAGAAGGUGGGCGACUCUAAUUGGCAAGAAAAAUUUAAAUAUCUUUAAAUUUAUACAAGAGAUUCAAAAAGAACAACAUCGAGUUCAACUUGAUAUAGAAGCUAUUUUAAGAGGAGCACCAAGGCCUUCUCAAAGAAGACAAAAUAAAGAAUGUGAAUCACGAAUUCAGGCAGUGUUAGAUAAUCGCGAUAAUAUGUCACUAACAGACUUUCUUCGAGGAAUUGCUCACAAUCUUUUAUUAUAG